AUGACUGAAUCCGCGGACGAUAGUGUUGCCGGACUCGCCGGUCAAUCAUCCAACAAGAUGGUCAAGAAGGUUAAGAUCAAGCCUCGUUCUAAGUCAAUGACUCAUCUAUCCACUAGAGCUACCAAGAAGGUUGCCAGAAAACUGUUCGAAACAGCCUUGUCUCCAGAUGAUAAUGUCGAGCAUCAGUCUGGUCAACUGGACGGCAUAGACAGAAUCCUCUCACGAUUAGAAGAUCUUACGAAAGCGGUAACCGAAUCAAUCUCUGCUACACAGGCUACUCGAUCUAUCCUCGGAACCUCAUCAAUAUCGCAGCUCAGGCGAGAAGAUAUCGGCCGAUUCAACCCUGAUCACCCCGACCCGAACGGGGUUGGCAUGAUAAUCGACGGCAAUACUAUAAUCUUUAUCGAUAUAGAACGCUUCGUCGAGCGUAUUGAAUCCCUCAUCGAAGACCGUGAUACCGCCGCAGCCAACGAGAAACAGAUCGUACUUUUGUUUGAGGUCUUAUUGGACGGUCAAGCAGCUCUAUGGUGGAGUUAUGAAUUGACUUAUGAUUAUCGACGAUCUCUUCGACAAGCUGGUUUAGUUAAUAUGUUGACGGCCUUAAAACGUCGAUUCUCCUACGACCUAUCGAUUGUAUUGGACAGAUACCUCGACGAUUAUCCAACAUUCGAAGAGAUCCGCAAGAAUGAGAACAGAUUGAUACAGUUCUUCCAGACGAGGUUGCGAUACGCAAAAUCAAUGGGCCAUCUAGAUAAGGAUCACAAACGUUGGUACAACGUCUUCUACGAGAUCUGGUCUACUUUGCAUUACGACCUCCAGGAUCUCAUACCGGUCCCCUCUGAUCAAUGUUCGCUUGAACAAUAUAUGAAAGAAGUAAAUGAGGCAAAGCUGAACUGUCUUGAUGCAGCGAAAAUAAAUAGUGGGGUGGUUAUUUUUGACAAGCACACGAGAUUUCUAGAUUCAAGCGAUGAAUCCGAGAGCCACGGCGGCGGUGAUUAG